CCAGCUGCUGCACCUCCUGUAAACUGGCCUGAGACACAGGAGAAGUGGUCUCGGAUCCAUAUUGAUUUCGUAGGACCUAUCGCUGGGUAGAUGCUCUUAGUAGUAGUAGACGCGUACUCCAAAUGGAUCGAGGUGAUUCCCAUGAAGCAUGCAAACGUGGAAAGCACAAUAAGGGCUCUCAGAAGCAUAUUUUGCCGCUUUGGUGUGCCGCGUACAAUAGUUUCGGACAACGGCACACAGUUCACGAGUAAAGAGUUUGCCACAUUUACAGCAAAUAACAACAUUGCUCAUCUCUUCACAGCGCCUUUCCAUCCACAAUCCAACGGAGCUGCGGAAAGGGCAGUGAGAACUACAAAGGAUGGUCUUCGGAAAAUAAAGGGCGGAGAUCUGGAUGAAAAGAUAGCAAGGCUACUGCUCAAUUACGGAAGAACGCCUACUAAGACUGGGAAAUCUCCCUCCGAAAUGCUGCUCGGGUAUCAAAUACGAUCGCGUCUUGACACCUGCUUCCCUGUGAAUGUUCCAGGUCAAAAUCGGGAAAACGACGACUGGACACCUCCACCGGACAGCAGCGUGUACGUCCGCAAUUACGGACAAGGGGAGAAAUGGAUUCCAGGUCGUGUCAAGUCGGCGACGGGAGCUCGGAUGGUAACAGUAGAGACUCCUGGUGCCAUCGUUCGGCGGCACGUCGAUCAAGUGCGCCGCCGCCUGGAUUCGUCAUCAAUGUUUCCGGUCGCCGAUACGACUGCUCGUGGUCCAAGGCCUACCCAGACGCCAGGUACAAGCACGGCCGUCAAUGAAACUCUGCCUUCGGAAACGGUCGCCCCGGAGAAUCCUCCAUCGACUGAUCAAGUUGCGGAAGACAACACACAACCACGCCACUCUCCUCUCCCAACUACCUCCAGUCCGGCCGAAGCUCCGCAGCAAGUCCUGCAUCGGUCGACAAGGCAGCGCAAGCCAGUGCAGCGAUUUCAUUUUUGAGGAAAGGGCAGUGUUGUGGCUGCGUCACACCUGAGUACUGUGCAAGCGCAGUAUUGUUCUUCUGUCCUCCUCUCCUCUCCCCCUUCUUUCUACCUCGGGGAUAAAAGCAAACACACGCCCCCAAAUAAAAGGCUU